AUGUCCUCCGUUAAAAUAGACAGACCGGCCUUCCUCCUGGAUCUCCCCACGGCCCUCUCCCUCGCCGCCGCUCUCUCCCUCCUCCCCCUGGCCUCCCUCCUCACCGUCACCCUCAUUCCGUCCAAGCGCCCCAAGACAGACCGCAUCCUCUUCUUCUGGCACGCUUACGACGCCCUCACCCAUCUCAUAAUCGAAGGCUGCUUCUUAUACAACUGCUUUUUCAUAUCCAUGGAAAUCCCCGCCGUUACCGCCCAGCACCUUCCCGGCCCACACUUCCUCGACCAGCCGCAGCGCCUGUACGGAGCCGCGUACGGCACGGGCCCCACCUCUCGCUUGUGGCAGGAGUAUAGCAAGGCAGAUAGUCGCUGGUUGGGUGCGGAUCUAGGCGUGGUUUCUCUCGAGCUGCUUACGGUUCUGCUGGGCGGGCCCGCUGCGGUGUAUAUCUGCUACGCACUGUACAAGUCGGCCUCUGCUGCGUCGUCAUCGUCGUCGUCAGAUGCGGUAGUGCAAACAGCAAAGUACCGGUUCAAGAUGUGGUUUGUGGCUAUUGGGCUGGCUGUCGCGGAGUUGUAUGGAGGAUUCAUGACCUUUGCGCCGGAGUGGCUUUCCGGUAGCCAUGCCUUGGAUACCAGCGACCCGAUGUACCUGUGGCUUUACCUUGUGUUUUUCAAUGUUUUGUGGGUGUUUUUGCCAAUUUGGGUUUUGAAACAGGGAUGGGUAGAGGUUAAGGCGCAGUUUGUUGGUGCGGCGUUGGCUGGCGGCAAGAGUGGAGCUUCUAAGUUGUGA